AUGUACGGUAACAGCUACCAGCAGGGCGGCUACGGCCAGCAACCCCCUCAACAAAACUACGGCGGAGGCUCUGGAUACGGCGGUGCCCAGGGCCAGCAGUUCAACCAGCAACCUCAGUUCGGCGCCCCUCCUCAACAGCAAUACGGUGCUCCCCAGCAGCAGCAGUUUGGUGGCGGCUACCCCGGUCCCGGUGUCGGUGGAAGCGCAUACGCACCCCAGGGCCAGCAGCAGUACGGCCAGCCGGCCGGCGGCUACGGCGCUCCUCCACAGCAGCAAUAUGGUGCUCCUCCCCCCCAGCAGCAGUACGGCGCUCCUCCUGCCCAGCAGUACGGCGGUGCGCCUCCCCAGCAGCAGUAUGGUGCUCCUCCUCAGCAGCACCAGCAGCAGUUUGGCGCUCCCCCUACGGCUUAUGGUCAACCGCCCCAGCCUGCCCCCGGCUUUGGACCCCGCUUCCUCGGCGUGCCCAUCCCUGCUCCGCCCCCAGCGCCUCCUCUGGCCAACCUCCAGGGCUACAACCCGCAGUUUGACGCCGAGCGCAUCCGCAAGGCUACCAAGGGCUUUGGCACCGACGAGCGUACCCUCGUCGACACUCUGGCACCACUCGACGCCUUCCAGGUGGAUGUCCUGUCGCGCACCUUUGAGCAGACUGUUGGACGGUCGCUCAAGCUUACUCUUGAGAAGGAGCUGAGCGGAUGGUGA